AUGCCGCCCAGGAACGAGAAGCGUGCGGGUUUCCACACUCGCCUCUUCCGCUCGAGUCAAAUGUUCGGUAGCACGGAUUCAGAUUUGGUUCCGGGUAAUGACGAUGAGUAUGGCACGAACGGUUUUGCAAGAGAACUUGGCUCUCGCCCUCCAGCCGAGCAGAAUCGGGCUUCACGGAUGACCAGAACCCUCAUCCGCCGGCGCUCAUCGGAGGAAUUUAGGCGCAGAAUCAGCCAAAUCUUCAAUGAAAGUAUCCACAUGAAUUUGCCAACAGGGCGUCUCGAGUUUGACCCCAAACUGAGAGAUCUUCAUGGAAGACGGAUUCGGGAGUCAAUCCUGGAACACUUCAGGUCGCAGCACGACGAAACACAAGUGCAGCAGGAAUUGCCUGAAGAAACGUGA